UCAACUUUUGGAAUUCUGUAAACCGGGAUAUCUCUGAGGAUGGACGUUUUCCGCUAAUGACGUAGUCAACAUCCUGUGUAGUUUGGAAAAGGGGAGUUUUUUUGCUAGCAAUAUCUCUGGUUAUAGUUAAUACCACCAUCGCUUAACUAAACAAGCUAGUGAAACUAUAUUCAAAAUAAAUGUGUAUUUAUUUUAAACUUGUUAAAAUUGUACUGAAAGCUAACGUUAAUUAGUUAACGUUAAGCUAGCCUACUCGUACUAUAGCCGGUAAUUUCUGGUGGAUCAAGUUUGUGUCGAGGAGAGAACAAGGCUGCCUGCGUUAGAAGACAGAGGUUAUUCACACCACCACCAUGAAGCUUUUCAGUCUGAGUGUGCUGUAUAAAGGGACCACCAAGUCUAACCUACUGAAAGCUGCCUUCGACCUGUCAUCCUUCAGCUUCUUCCAGAAGUCCAGUGUUCAGGAGUUCAUGACAUUCACCAGUGACCUCAUAGUUCAACGCUCGUCUAUAGGGAGCCGAGCCUCUGUCAAAGAACAAGAGUACCUGUGUCACGUGUAUGUAAGGAACGACUCCCUGGGUGCGGUGGUGAUUGCUGACGGAGAGUAUCCCUCUAGAGUGUGCUUCACCCUCCUGGAUAAGGUGCUGGAGGAAUUUUCCAGACAGGUGAGCAGUAUAGACUGGCCCUCUGGUUCUCCUGACACUGUCCACUAUACUGCCCUGGACAGCUACCUCGCCAAGUACCAGAAUCCUCGGGAGGCAGACGCAAUGAGUAAAGUACAAGCUGAGCUGGACGAAACCAAAAUAAUUCUGCACAACACUAUGGAAAGUCUGUUGGAGAGAGGAGAGAAGCUGGAUGAUCUAGUCCAGAAGUCCGAACACCUGGGGAACCAGUCUAAAGCCUUCUACAAGACGGCGCGGAAGCAGAACUCUUGCUGUGAGGUCAUGUGAUGUUGCUGAACCCCUCUUGAUCUCCUCACCCCCCGGAUGUGCCAUGACUAUCAGCCUACAUAUUAUACUUCUUACUCUGCGUGUGUGUGAGCAUACUGGCGAAAUGGUUGUGUGGUGAAGUGUAUCAGGUGAUAGUUGUUGGAGCCUUUUUGCAGUUGAUUAGGCCUAAGUGUUGUUUUCUGAAUAUGUUGAGUGAAUUCUAUACAUUCCUAGUUGUGAAAAAGUACAUGACUUGUUUGUGUGUGUGAGAAGUGAACAUUGUGUGUGUGUGUGUGUGUGUGUGUGCGCGCGUGUGUGUACAGUCAAGCAGGGGUUAUUAAACCUUUUCAGCCUGUGAACCAAAUGAGAAAGUCGAUGUUUUCUUGGGACCCAAGCUCAUGAAAACAUGCCCCCUUUUGGGGGUCCUAAGAAAACAUUUUAGUGGCCCCCUGUUGAUGGCGGAGAAAAAAAUGGAUGUUUUAAAGCAUGUUUUCUGCAAUCCUACACAUUUUGCCAAGGGGCAGAUAAUUUUUUUCUGCAGUUUUACUGCUAGUUUCCUGCAAUUCUACCCAUUUUUGACAUGGCUCACAUCAUGUGGUCCUUCUGUAGCUCAGUUGGGUUCGAUUCCCAGGACCACCCAUACGUAGAAUGUAUGCACACAUGACUGUAAGUCGCUUUGGAUAAAAGCGUCUGCUAAAUGGCAUAUAUUAUUAUUAUUAUUAUUAUUAUGUUAAUAUGGUAUCUGAGUGAGAGUAGUUACCAAAAUCAAUGUGCUCCUGUAGUGUUGGAAAAAGUACCCAAUUGUCAUAAUUGAUUAAAAGUAAAGAUACGUUAAUAGAAAAGUGAGUCACCCAGUAAAAUAGAGUAAAAGUAUUUGGUUUUAAAUAUACUUAAGUAUCAAACGUGAUUGUAAUUGCUAAAAUAUACUUAGUAUCGAAAGUUAAAGUAUAAAUCAUUUCAAAUUCCUUAUAUUAGACAAGCCAGAUGGUACGAUUUUGGUUUUUAAUUUAUGGAUAGCCAGGGGCACACUCCAACACUCAGACAUAAUUUACAAACAAUGUAUUUGUGUUUAGUGAGUCAUACCAGAUCAGGUGCAGUAGAGGUGACCAGGGAUGUUCUCUGUUCCGUGAGUCCGUCAGAUCAGGGGCAGUAGAGAUGACCAGGGAUGUUCUCUUGAUAAGUGUGUGAAUUGGACCAUUUUCCUGUCCUGCUAAGCAUUUGAAAGUACUUUUGGGUGUCAGUGAAAAUCUAUGGAGUAAAAAGUACAUUCUUGUAUAUAGGAAUGUAGUGAAGUAAAUGUCUUACUUCUUUUUUUUUUUUUUUUUUUUUUGACUCAAAAAAACCUACUUAAGUAGUGCUUUAAAGUAUUUUUACUUCAGUACUUUACACCACUGCCCUUGGCCACGUGGCCUGUUGGUAUUUUGCCAUGAUUACUACAAGUUUAGAUAGCUGGCUAGACUGAAUUACCAAUCUAAAAACUGUUAGCUGACAUGGCUAAUUGAGUGACUGACAUAACGAGAAAACUGGUGAUGCACAACCACAUUUCUAAAUAGCACCUUGUGUAUUCUACUAUUCUAACUAAGUUUCAACAGUAAGUUGAGACCCCGACUGAGUUCCUAAAAAAACAUUUGAAAUGCAUUUAUUAACAUCUACAUUUGCCACAUUUAUUCUAUACAGAUACCGUAAUGCAAACUUUUAAAUGAUAUUAUGUGAGCUAAGCCUACAAAUAAAAUGUAUAAAAACGUUUACAUUUGAGAUUACUAAUGUUACUGUCCCCACUACAAAAUAUUGUUACGUUACAGCCUUAUUCUAAAAUGGAUUAAAUACAUUUGUUUCCUCAUGUGUACACAAUACCCCAUAAUGACAAAGCAAAAAGAGGUUUUUAUAAAUGUUUGCACAUUUAUAAAAACAUUAACUAAAAUGUGACAUUUACAUAAGUAUUCAUACCCUUUUUAGUACUUUGUUGAAGCACCUUUGGCAGCGAUUUACAUCCUCAAGUCUUGUAUUUGGGGAGUUUCUCUACAGAUCCUCUCAAGCUCUGUCAGGUUGGAUGGAGAGUGUUGCUCUACAGCUAAUUUUAGGUCUCCAGAGAUGCUAAAUUGGGUUCAAGUCCGGGCUCUGGCUGGGCCACACAAAGCCAUUCAGAGACUUUUCCCGAAGCCACUCCUGCGUUGUCUUCGCUGUGUGCUUAGGGUUAUUUUCCUGUUGGAAGGUGAACCUUCGCCCCAGUCUGAGGUCCUGAGCGCUCCAGAGCACUCUUCAUCAAGGUUCUCUCUGUACUUUGCUCUGUUCAUCUUUCCCUCGAUCCUGACUAGUCUCCCAGUCCCUGCCUCUGAAAAACAUCCCCACAGCAUGAUGCUGCCACCACCAUGCUUCACUGUAGGGAUGGUGCCAGGUUUCCUCCAGACGUGAUGCUUGACAUUCUGGCCAAAGAGUUAAAUCUUGUUUCUCAUGGUCCGAUUCCUUUAGGUGCCUUUUGGCAAACUCCAAGCGGGCUGUCAUCUUGCUUCUGUCUGGCUACUCUACCAUAAAGCCCUGAUUGGUGGAGUGCUGCAGAGAUGGUUGUCCUUCUGGAAGGUUCUCCUAUCUCCGCAGAGGGACUCUGGAGCUCUGUCAGAGUGACAAUCAGGUUCUUGCUCACCUCCCUGACCAAGGCCCAUCUUCCCUGAUUGCUCAGUCUCCUGGGUGGCCAGCUCUAGGAAGAGUCUGAGUUGUUCCAAACUUCUUCCAUGUAAGAAUGAUGGAGGCCACUGUGUUCUUGGGGACCUUUUAAUGCUGCAUAAAUGUUUUGGUACCCUUCCCCAGAAAAUUCCUUCGACCUCAUGUCUUGGUUUUUGCUCUGACAUGCACUGUCAACUGUGGGACCUUUUUUAUAUAGUGUGGUGGAAUUAUUGAAAUCAAAAGGAGACUUUUAGAUUUCCUAAAAAUAAUCCAACUUUAUUCUUUAAUUACUGCAGUAGUGGAGCUGGUCGGUAAUUACCCCUGGAGGUGAUCACUGAGAACUCAACGAGAUGGUUUGAGCCACAGCAUUUUAUAGCAAACUCCAUCCUUCUUCAGUCUAUAUGACAAACAACCGAUGUAUGGAUUGGGUCACAAGGUUAAGAUUUGUAUGAAAGAUACUUAUAAUUCACAGCAGAUACUAAAAAAAAACAGUUCUCAUUGUGUAGAGACCAGGGUCUGGCCCCCAACUCCAUACGGGAGUCAUCUCCCCCUGGUACCCCAGUACAGAAACAUUAACUCAUGCUCUGGAAUGUGGUAUCACCCAAAGACAUCGUAAAUCUCCUAUCAGUGUUAUCUCCCACUUUCAGUUCACACAGACACAAUAGAGUUAUAAGAACCCUCUAUUAUGUUGCAUUAAAUAACCAUUUGAUGCAAUAAAAGUAUUAUAACAUACUCUUGUAAUUUCCACCAUAAUAGAAAGGGGUGUGCCUUUCCAAAUCAUGUCCAAUCAAUUUAAUUUACCACAGAAUGACUCCAAUCAAGUUGUAGAAACAUCUCAAGGGUGAUCAAUGGAAACACAAUGCACCUGAGCUGAAUUUAGUCUCAUAGGAAAGGGUUGGAAAACUUAUGUAAAUCAUGUAUUUCUGUUUUGUAUUUUUAAUACAUUUGCAAAUAUUUCUGAAACUGUUUUCGCUUUGUCAUUAUAGGGUGUUGUGUGUAGAUUGACGAACAUUUUCUAUUUAAUCCAUUUUAGAAUACGGCUGUAAUGUAACAAAAUGUUGAAAUAGUCAAGGGGUCUGAAUACUUUCCUAAUGCACCUGUAGCAUCAGCAAUCCAAAGUGGAUCUCAAUCCAUACUUUAAGAAAGGCUGCAGUAAAGCAUCGGGUAACAUGGUGCCAGAUAAGAGUCUUUCAUACUCUGCCGAGAGAUUCCAAAAUCCGGCAGGCCUUGCAAAGUGCCUUCUCUCUCCAGUCUGGCCUGGGAACCGACUCUCUACCCUUCUCCUUGUUCACUCCACACCUGAAAUGAGUCCAAGCCACCAGCCAAAUUCUGGUAAAUGGUCUGAGAUGCUGCUGACAUUUUUCAUCCAACAGAGAUAAUGGAUGAUGGACAUACGGUUAUUUUCAGGCCCUUGGACUAUAAGGAACUCCCUCCAGCUCAAAGUUAUACCAAUGCAUCAGUGUGUACACUCCAGGAACCACAGCCUCACUGUAUGUGCCAAAUGUUCUAAAAUAAACCUUCAUGCCGGUUCAUCUUAUAUUAUUGUAGCGAUUAUUUGACAAUUGUGUAUUUACUUGAGUAAAACCCUCACACCUGCAUCCAUUCUGUAUAUUCAGGUUAAGCUGCCUACCUAUCAUAGGUAUGUAGCAUGCCUUCUUGACUAAAAUACCCUCUUCUGUUUGAUCAUUCAAACUUCUCUUACCGCUCUUAAAUGUAACCAUGUGUACAUUGUAUUAAAUGUGAAACAAGAUAUGGGCUUGCAAUCAUAAUCAAUAAAAUCAUUUGAACCAUA